AAGCCAGCAAAGAGUCGAACGAGUGUAUUAUCAGCGAUAACGCGUGGUUUCACGUGCGAGUGUGUACAAUACGAGCCCGCAUGUGUCUGCGACGAGUGUGUGGAGGAGAGCCAAGCACUGGUAGGUAGGCCAGAAGCCAGAGCGAGCUCCAUGGUAGUCGGAGAGAUAUAAGAAACGGGCCGAGGUGUAACCUGCGAAUAAAGAAACUAUCGCGAUUGUGAGCUACGCCCAGAUGGGAGGAAUUGUCCCUCGACUAUUGUGGGGCCGAGAGUGACUUGGUGAUCGAGUGCUCGUCAGGAAGCGGGGGAGUCGGUGCUUAGACUCCGCUGUUGGACAGUAAUUAGCCGGGGCCGUUGAGGUGCUGGUGACAAGAAACACCGACUACGCGUCAAAGUGGCGGACGCCUUGUGUAGUCUUGCUUCCAACAAAAUUCUACGAUAGUCUCUCAUGUCGCCGAGUGUAUCCGUAUUACAGUCGAGUCAGUGAGUUCUCCAUCCGAGGACAUGAUGUGUUUGUGAAUGGUGGACGCAGAGUUUCUGGGCCCGUGGGGCCGGUUCGUGCUGAUUGGGGCUGGUGCAGCGGCGGUUUUGGUCUUCCUUCUAAUCAUCGCCUGCUUCCUUACGCCCGGAUGUAUCGGCUACGAGUGCGUACGUAAGCGGCGAAAACACGAGACGAAUACCCCGUUGAGGUGCAACAGACCCCCGAACGAAAACGUCAAGCUCGCCGACGUAAGCUACAGGUCCUGGAGGCUCGGAAGUUUAUACGACAAUGGAAGCAUUUGCGAAAACGUCGAGUCCCAGGGAAGGGAUUCUCCGAAUUCAAUCAACGGUACCUUCGAGAGCAUCGAGACCGCUUCCACUUUGAGUUUGAUCAACGUCGAAAAGCAGCCGAAGGAUGACCCGCUCAAGGAUUUUCCAACGGAGUUGACAAUGAGCUUGCAAUACUUGCCGGCAACUGCGGAAAACGUAACGGGGAAGCUUGUCAUCGGCAUUGAGGCGAUGUCGAACUUACCUCAGAAGCAAUACAACUGCACUCUGGAGCCGUACGUGGCUGUGAACAUUGUAAAGCAGUCGUGGAACAACCGGAAUCCGGAAAAACUGCACAGCUUUAGGACGAGGGGUGUUCGGCACACGGCCAGCCCAAUUUACAGAGAAACUUUCGUCGUCGCGGAUGUCAAGCCCCAAGAAGUCAAGGAAUGGGCUGUUGACGUCACGGCAUACGAUCACGACAGGUACGCCAAUCACACGGAGUUAUGCACGCUCAGGGUUCCGUUGAAAGAAGUUAAGAAGUUAUUGACCAGCCCGGAAAUUCAUUUGCUUAAUUACAAAAUGAAGCGGUCUAGCAAGGAAUUUGGUAAUAUCUUACUGGGAAUAAGUUACCUGCCAACUGCGCAGAGAUUAACGAUUAACGUUGCGAGGCUCGCUAACGUUAAAUUCGCACCAACCGUACCGACAUUAAACGAUUUCAAUCCGUACGUAAGGAUAUUAAUGCUUAAUGGAAAGACGGGGCGGAAGAUAAAAAAGAAGAAGACGAAAUACUUGCGAGCAGAUGCUCAGCCCGAAUUCAAUGAAACGUUAACGUUCGACUUGACCUUUGCUCAGCUCGAAACCAUUCAAUUUCUCGUUGCUGUUUGGAGCAAGAAUAUAAUCGCAGAGGAAAACAGUAUCGAGCAGCACAGUGACAGCGAAGAAUCUAUAAAUUCCUGUAAAAAAUCCAAAGACAUUUGCAUAGGAAAAGUAGCGAUAGGAAAAGGAGCGAGAGGAGCAACCGAGAAGGCUCACUGGUUUUCUGUAUUACAAAAUCCAAGAAAAAUCGUCACGGUUUGGCACACGCUCAAGUAGAAUGUAUAAUCUGUAAAUAAUGAUAAAAUAAAUUAGAAAAAUGG